AUGACAUUAUACAAGCUUCAGAUCGGGUUAUUCACAGAAAAUUUAGACACAAUACUUCAAGCAGAAAGGCAAAAUAACGUUAGACAAAGAAGAUCUCGACAUACAAAUUCAUUGAGUCAAACAGAGGAAGAACAUACAUUCAGAAGAAAUACAGGCCAAAAUUCUUCUCAGACGCACAGGGCAGCAGUUACACAUACAAUAGUACAAAGGGCACAAUUGAUUGAGGAAUCUCAGGCAAUCGAUAUUGCUUCUAAUUCAGAGACUGAAUUUACAGAUUUACAAGAAAGACAAAAUACCGUUAGACGCAGAGAAUCUCGACACGAACAUACAACUCAUCUGGAACAGAGGAAGAGCAGCACGUAUCCAGAAUACCUUCAGACCAAGAUAAUUAUUCUGAUAUAGAAGAGAUAGCAACAAUAGCACAAACGACGCAAAUGAUGCAACACGAGGAAUCUGGGGUGAUUGAUGUUACUUCUGAUGCAGACACUGAUUCAGACAUUGAAAUCACAAAUACUCAAGAUCCGUUAAUAUACGAAGUUCCGGAAGAUGAUUACGGAUAUUGGCUUUCAUCCACAAACACAAAUGAUAGUAGUGCUAGAG